ACGGAGAGGAAGAAAGGGACUGACAGCGCAACGGAGAGCAGCAGGAAAGCGGCGCUGGGGAGGAUCGCAGGAUGCGUCGGCAGCCCCGUUAAACGCGCAGCGGAUAGCGGCUCCUCUGGAUACACUACGGGCUCCCGUGCCACUGCGUGCUCGCACCCGAUCGCAGCCCGCCAGGCGUGGAGCCCAUCAGAUCGUAGCCCGGCAGGCGUGGAGCCCACCAGAUAGUAAGCCGGAAUCGGGACGGCACUGAUGACACUGGGUGCAUCGCUCCGCAUAUACCGCGCUGCUUUAAUGAAGAAAGAGAACUUCUAACAUUCUUGCUGAAGGGGACACAGAACCCUCCAGAAAAAGCAUGGGGUCACCAUGGAAACCACUUCUUCUCCUGUCAGUCAUCAGUAGCCUUUCAGAAUUCUCCACAGCGGUGGCUGGGCGCCCCGCCUACUACGCUACUGUGCUGAGGAUGAAGCAGGAUUCCUCAUCGCUUGGAUACAGGGGCCGGCCCCGGCAGGACCGCCGGGCCGGGUCGCUGGCCGAUUCCGACUGGCCCGGUCACUCACGGCACCCCCCCUCAGGCCUCGGUACUCAAGGCUCCCAAGAGGACCUGGGGAGCGAAGAGAGAGAGGAGUUUGGGCCUGUGUUUGUCCAAGAGCCCGACGACACCAUUAUCGCCUUGGAGUCCGAGGAGAAGAAGGUGACGCUGACCUGUGAAGCAAGAAGCCACCCUGCGCCCACAUACAGAUGGAUGAUCAAUGGGACUGAACUGGAUCUCAGCACCAACUGGCCUUACAGCCUGAUCGAUGGCAACCUGGUUAUCUCUGAGCCCAGCCAGGCCAGGGACUUGGGGAGGUACCAGUGCCAGGCCCAUAACAGCAUCGGCACUGUCCUGAGCAGAGACGCCCAGCUACAGUUUGCCCAUCUGGCCAACUUCAGCGGUCGCCCAAGAGGGGGUGUGUCCGUGCGGGAGGGCCAGGGCGUGGUCCUCCUCUGUGCUCCGCCUCCUCAUUCUCCAGAGAUCUCCUACAGCUGGGUGUUUAACGAGUUCCCCUCGUUCGUGGCGGAGGACAGCCGGCGCUUCAUCUCCCAGGAGACGGGGAACCUGUACAUCUCCAAGGUGCAGCCCUCCGAUGUGGGAAGCUACAUCUGCCUGGUGAAGAAUACAGUGACCAGCGCCCGGGUGCUCAGCCCGCCCACGCCACUGACGCUCAAGACAGACGGAGUAAUGGGGGAAUAUGAGCCCAAAAUUGAGGUGCAUUUUCCCCAGAGCGUGCUGGCAGCUAGAGGAAUGACUGUGCGGCUAGAGUGCUUUGCCCUGGGAAAUCCGGUCCCCACCAUCACCUGGAGGAAACUGAACGGCAACAUUCCCAAAAAGUCGCGGCUGCGCAAGUCCCAGGCGGUGCUGGAGAUCCCCAACGUGCAGCUGGAGGACUCCGGGACCUACGAGUGCAAAGCCGAAAACUACCGCGGGAGUAACGCCUUCCGGGGACAGCUGCAGGUCUACACCUACCCACAAUGGCUCACCGUGAUUAACGAUACCCAGCUGGACAGUGGCGACGUGCUGCAGUGGGAGUGCAAGGCCACUGGGAGACCCAGGCCCACCUACCGCUGGCUGCGCAACGGCGCCCCCUUGCUGCCACAGGACAGAGUGGAGACCACGAGCAGCGAGCUCAUCAUCCGGGGGGUACGCCCCGCCGACUCGGGGAUGUACCAGUGUGUCGCCGAGAACAAGUAUGGGACCAUCUACUCCGCAGCCGAACUCAAGAUCCUAGCAUCAGCGCCCACGUUCCGGCAGAGCCCGGUCCAGCUGGUGGCCACCCUCGGCAAGGACGUGUCCCUGAACUGCAAGCCCAGAGCAUCUCCCAAACCCGUAAUAACCUGGAGGAAAGGAGACCGUCGAAUCCAACCCAGCAAGAGGACUCUGCUGCUUCGGAACAACACGCUGCGGAUCAUCAACUCCAGCCGCGCCGACGAGGGCAGUUACGUGUGCCGCGCUGAGAAUCAAUUCGGAUUGGCCGAGAUGACGACGAUCCUCUGGGUCAAAGAGGCUAUGCGCGUGGAGGUGAGUCCGGCCCGGGUGGAGGUGACGGUCGGGGAGAGCGUGGUCCUCUCCUGCAAGGCCAUCCAUGACCCCUCCUUGGAUGUCAGCAUCCUCUGGAUGCGCAACCGCCAGCCCCUCACCUUCCACCAGCAGGGGGGGCACUUUGAAUUCAUCCAGACGCAAUCUUCUUCAGCUGAUCUGAUGAUUAGGAACGUCCUUCUGAAGCAUGCUGGGAAAUAUGGCUGCCGCGCCCAUACCAGUGGAGACACGGUCUUCGUGGAGGCUGAACUUCUUGUUCGAGGUCCCCCAGGGCCACCGGGGAUCGUCAUCGUGGAGGAGAUCACAGACACCACGGCGACCCUGUCCUGGACUCGUGGAGUGGACAACCACAGCCCUAUUGUGGCCUACAACCUGCAGGCCCGGAGCCCCUACUCCCUGGGCUGGCAGGCUGUGAGAACAGACCCGUCACACAUCACUGGGGACAUGGAGUCCGCCAUCGCCGUCGACCUCAACCCCUGGGUAGAGUACGAGUUUCGCGUCGUGGCCACCAACGCCAUUGGUACAGGGGAUCCCAGUGCGCCUUCCAGCGUGGUCCAAACCCAGGAGGCGGUCCCCUCCGUGGCCCCAACCAAUGUCAGAGGAGGAAACGGACACAGAUACGAACUGGUGAUCUCCUGGGAGCCUGUAUCUGAGGAGUUCCAAAAUGGGAAAGGCUUCGGAUACAUCGUAGCAUUCAGAGCCAACGGGACACGAGGUUGGAAGGAAAAGAUGGUGACCUCCGCUGACUCCACCACCUUCAAGUACCGAGACGAGACCUUCCCUCCUCUGACCCCCUUUGAGGUGAAGGUUGGGGUCUACAACAACAAGGGAGAUGGUCCUUUCAGCCAUGUGGUGACCAUCUAUUCUGCAGAAGGAGAGCCACGGGAGGCACCCACUGGAGUAAAGGCUGCUGUUGUUUCCUCCUCCGAGAUCCAGGUAGCCUGGAGAUCCCCUGAGCCUGGUCCUGGAAAACCCUAUGGAUAUGAGGUGAGCUACUGGAAGGACAGCGUAGAGCAGGAGCAGUCUGUGGGGAAGCUGAAGACUCAGGGCAACCAGACCUCCAUUGUGCUGAUGGGUCUGGAGGGUAACACCCGCUACCUGGUCACCGUCAAAGGCUACAACAGCAUCGGCCAGGGCCCUGCCAGUGUCGCCGUCCAGGCCACCACCAUGAAGCCCCCCCCAGAUCGGCCUCCUAGCAACCUCAUGUGGAUUCAGGAGGGCGACAACGUGUCUUUGGGGUGGGAGCCGGUGAAAGCGAUGGACAAUGAAUCUGAAGUCAUUGGGUACAAGGUCCGGCUGCAUCAGGAGAGCCGGAACCACAGCCAGGUCAUUCAAAGCCGGGGUCCAUCCGUAGUGCUCGCCCUGCCUGAAGGGGGCGCCUACAUCAUUGAGGUGCGAGCAGUCAGCAAAGGGGGAGAGGGUGCCGUCGGUGCGCAGGUCAGACUGCUCACCUCGUCAGGAGUCCGGGCGAAAAGUGGCCAGCUGCCUUUACGCAGCCCACUGUGGGGCACCGCAUGGACUCUGCUGCUGCUGCUGCUCCUGGCUGCCCUGGUGCCUUAAAAGACCCAUGAGGCCCGAGGGAUAGCGCCACCCCAUGGACUGGAGGACUCCAGUCACUCCAACCGCCUGCUUGCUUGGCCUUAUCGAGUCGGCAUGGCGUGGGGCCCACUGAAGGGGAACUGCUUUUUCAGAGAAAGAGGGUUAAGAAUAUGCAUCUCCAUCCGUUUUUUGAGCCCCACCCACCCCGGCAAGCCCGCCCAUGACGUCGUAGUGCCGUAUUGUACUGUACAUUGUGAAGGCAGAGUUUCCUCGUCUUGUUCAGAGGCUAGAUGAGAUACAGGCACAGAGACCUGAGCGUCCCUUAGGCGGCCUCCCAUCUUCUCGAGGCCCGCGGACGGCGGACGUUUGUCCAGGUCACUUCUUUUAGGGAGUCCCUUCAUAUCAGAUAAACCAGGGCUGCCCAGCACGCGACUCCGUCAGCGGCGAGGUGCCGGUAACUGCUUUGUGUCAUUAAAAAAAACUUUUUUUGUUUAGUUUUGUUUUUCUUUUUUUAUAGUAUCAAGAGUCGAACUUUUUGUACAUCGUGUUACCUUUAGAAGAAAGUGACGUGUGACGGCUUUGUCUGGCACCUGUCAGGGUCUCGCUCUGGGGCAGCGUUCGAAGAAGCAGGCGAAGGGCGAGACGAUGGCUUGGGGGGGCUCUCAACUAUGGUUCCCAAAACUACUUUGUGGAAGGUCUCUUGGUGGUGUCACAAUAAAUGUGAUGUAUAUUUUUUAA